UGGGGGUUUGCCCUCAGCUAGGGCUGACGGUGUGUGUCGCCUCCACGCACGGCUGCCUCUGGGAACACAUGGCUUGAGCCGCCGACUGUCUCCCUACCCCAAACACAGUCCGCCACCCAAACUCCUCCUGCAACGCCAUUGCAGGUGGCAUUGUGUCGGAUUCUGCGUGUGUGGCACCCGAGUCUGGGAAUUUAGGGGGGGACAAGCAUUUCCCGAGCUCCGCGGAGUUUCCCUCCCGGCAGGGGCAGCGCGCCCCUAAAGGGAGGGCGCUCCUUCCUCGGGGUGUGACACACCCGCAGCCCCGCACCGAGGUGCGCAGGGCGGGAGGGAGGUGCGGGGCUGGCGGAGGGGCGGCGGGGUGCGAGGCACCUUAACUUGGAUCGCGCGCGGCCGCGGGGUGGUGAGCCACCAGCGCCCCGCCCGAGCCGGGUGCCGCGGCCCUGGGCUCUGCGCCGCGCGCCUCCGCCGCUGCCUCUUUAAUCAGGAACACAGAAGGGGCGGGCCCUGAGCCGGCGCGUAAUCGGAUCGCUCUGCCGCGGCUCUGACAUCCACAUGCUGCUCGGCCUGAAAAGGCGAGGGGGGAGCCGGAGGGGAGGCAGAGGAGGCGAGCGAGGCAUCAGCCCGCAGCCCGCCCCCGGCACAUCCUCAGAAGCGCAGACACUCGGCCGGCCGCUGGGCGAGGUGGAGGUGAGGGCGGGCGCCAGCGAACUCGGAGAGCCGCUCGCACACUCGCGGGCGAUCCCAGCCGCCGCCGCCGCCGCCGCCGCCGCCGCCGCCGCCGCACCCGCAGCAGCACCAGCAGCAGCACCGGCAGCCGCCGCUUCCUGCCUCGCGCUCCCCUCGAGAGACUGGCCAAGCGGGUGUAGCCGCUGCCGCCGGGGGAGGCUCCCGCUGAGGGAACCCGGCGAGGACAAGAGCCCGGAGGCUGGCUGCCUCCCCCACUCCGCCUGUCCAGCGCUCGGUGUCUCUGCCCGCGUGUGUGUCCCGGGUGCUGCCGGGGGGGGGGACCUGUGUCAGUUUGCGCCUCUGAGAUCACACAGCUGCCUGGGGGCCGUGUAAUGCCCAGGGCAAGUCUUGGCUUUGAUUUUUAUUAGUAUUACUAUUAUUGUACGCUUGGCUUUCGGGAACCCCUCGUGAUGUUGUAGGAUAAAGGAAAUGACACUUUGAGGAACUGGAGAGAACAUAGACGCGUUUGGGUUUGAAGAGAAAACCGGUCCCCCGCUUACCCCAGCUUGCUCCCUCUUUGCUGAUUCCAGAAGCUCUCUCCUAGUGAGGUGGGGAUUCCAGCAAGAAUUAAAGGUGAAGACAGACGGGCCAUCAGGACCCAGGAGGGAAACGCUGGCCAUUAGAGACCUUUCCAGAAGACACCACAAGGAAGAAAAUUAGAGAGAGGAAAAACACAAAGACAUAAUUAUACGAGAUUCCACAAGCCUAGCCCUGGAGAAAGCCUCUCUUUCAAGAAUGGAUAUGUUCCCUCUUACCUGGGUUUUCUUAGCUCUGUACUUUUCAGGACACAAAGUGAGAAGCCAACCAGACCCACCCUGUGGAGGUCGGCUGAAUUCCAAGGAUGCUGGCUACAUCACCUCCCCGGGUUACCCCCAGGACUAUCCCUCUCACCAGAACUGUGAGUGGGUUGUGUACGCACCGGAACCCAACCAGAAGAUCGUCCUCAACUUCAACCCUCACUUUGAAAUCGAGAAACAUGACUGCAAGUAUGACUUCAUUGAGAUUCGGGAUGGGGACAGUGAGUCAGCUGACCUCCUGGGCAAACACUGUGGGAACAUCGCUCCGCCCACCAUCAUCUCCUCUGGCUCCAUGUUAUACAUCAAGUUCACAUCAGACUAUGCCCGGCAGGGGGCAGGUUUCUCCCUACGCUACGAGAUCUUCAAAACAGGCUCUGAAGAUUGUUCCAAGAACUUCACAAGCCCCAAUGGGACCAUUGAAUCUCCCGGGUUUCCAGAGAAGUAUCCACACAAUCUGGACUGCACCUUCACCAUCCUGGCCAAACCCAGGAUGGAGAUCAUCCUGCAGUUCCUGACCUUUGACCUGGAGCAUGACCCCCUACAAGUGGGGGAAGGAGACUGCAAAUAUGACUGGCUGGACAUCUGGGAUGGCAUUCCACACGUUGGCCCUCUGAUUGGCAAGUACUGUGGGACCAAAACACCCUCCAAGCUCCGCUCAUCCACGGGGAUCCUCUCCCUGACCUUUCACACGGACAUGGCAGUGGCCAAGGACGGCUUCUCCGCACGUUACUACCUGGUCCACCAAGAGCCUCCUGAGAACUUCCAGUGCAACGUCCCUCUGGGAAUGGAGUCCGGCCGGAUUGCUAACGAGCAGAUCAGUGCCUCAUCCACCUUCUCUGAUGGGAGGUGGACCCCUCAACAGAGCCGGCUCCAUGGUGAUGACAAUGGCUGGACCCCUAACUUGGAUUCCAACAAGGAGUACCUCCAGGUGGACCUGCGCUUCCUCACCGUGCUCACGGCCAUUGCCACACAGGGAGCCAUUUCCAGGGAGACCCAAAAAGGCUACUACGUCAAGACGUACAAGCUGGAGGUCAGCACGAACGGGGAGGACUGGAUGGUCUACCGGCAUGGCAAAAACCACAAGGUAUUCCAGGCUAACAAUGAUGCAACCGAGGUGGUCCUAAAUAAACUCCACACGCCACUGCUGACAAGGUUCAUCAGGAUCCGCCCACAGACGUGGCACUUGGGCAUUGCCCUUCGGCUGGAGCUCUUUGGCUGUCGAGUCACAGAUGCACCCUGCUCCAACAUGCUGGGGAUGCUCUCGGGCCUCAUUGCUGAUACCCAGAUCUCUGCCUCCUCCACCCGAGAAUACCUCUGGAGCCCCAGUGCGGCCCGCCUGGUUAGCAGCCGUUCCGGCUGGUUCCCUCGGAACCCUCAAGCCCAGCCAGGUGAAGAGUGGCUUCAGGUGGACUUGGGGACGCCCAAGACGGUGAAAGGUGUCAUCAUCCAGGGAGCCCGUGGAGGGGACAGCAUCUCUGCCAUGGAAGCCAGGGCAUUUGUACGCAAGUUCAAAGUCUCCUACAGCCUAAAUGGCAAGGAAUGGGAAUACAUCCAGGAUCCCAGGACUCAGCAGCCAAAGCUGUUUGAAGGGAACAUGCACUAUGACACUCCUGACAUCCGAAGGUUCGAUCCAGUUCCAGCGCAAUAUGUGCGGGUAUACCCAGAGAGAUGGUCACCAGCAGGCAUUGGGAUGAGGCUGGAGGUCCUGGGCUGUGACUGGACAGACUCAAAGCCCACAGUGGAGACGCUGGGACCCACCGUAAAGAGUGAAGAGACUACCACCCCAUAUCCCAUGGAAGAGGAUGCCACAGAGUGUGGGGAAAACUGCAGCUUUGAGGACGACAAAGACUUGCAACUCCCUUCGGGAUUCAACUGCAACUUUGACUUCCCCGAAGAGCCCUGUGGUUGGAUGUACGACCAUGCCAAGUGGCUCCGAAGCACCUGGAUGGGUAGUGCCAGCCCCGAGGACCGAACAUUUCCAGAUGACAAGAACUUCUUGAGACUACAGAGCGAUGGCCGGCGAGAGGGCCAGUACGGGCGGCUCAUCAGCCCACCUGUGCACCUGCCCCGAAGCCCUGUGUGCAUGGAGUUCCAGUACCAAGCCACCGGCGGCCACGGGGUGGCCCUGCAGGUGGUUCGGGAAGCUAGCCAGGAAAGCAAACUCCUCUGGGUCAUCCGUGAGGACCAAGGCAGCGAGUGGAAGCAUGGACGAAUUAUCCUGCCCAGCUAUGACAUGGAGUAUCAGAUCGUGUUCGAGGGUGUGAUCGGGAAAGGACGAUCAGGAGAGAUCGCCAUCGAUGACAUUCGGCUAAGCACUGAUGUCCCACUGGAGAACUGCAUGGAACCCAUCUCAGCUUUUACAGGGGGCACCCUCCAGCCAGGGACCGAGCCCACAGUGGACACGGUGCCCGUGCAGCCCAUCCCAGCCUACUGGUAUUACGUUAUGGCGGCCGGGGGCGCCGUGCUGGUGCUCGUCUCCGUCGUACUGGCCUUGGUGCUCCACUACCACCGGUUCCGCUAUGCGGCCAAGAAGACCGAUCACUCCAUCACCUACAAAACCUCCCACUACACCAACGGGGCCCCUCUGGCGGUGGAGCCCACCCUAACCAUUAAGCUAGAGCAGGAGCGGGGCUCGCACUGCUGAGGGCCGAAGCAGGAACAGCGCCCAAACAGACAAGAAAGACUGCAAACACGUUGCCUCGAUUUUGCACUUUUUUUCUCCUCGCCUAGUCUCUGCGUGAACCCUCAGACCGCUCUCUCCAGGGUCUCCAACCUUGAGCACUCUUAUCUGCCCCAACCGUUCUCUGUGCUCCUUGGUUCCUACUUCUCUUUGCUCUGUUAUUUUUGUUUGCUUUCCGUAUCAUUAUUUUUCCUUUUAAUCUCUUUGAUUCCCUUCCUUCUUCCUUUCUUUCCUCCUUCCUUCCUUCUUUUCUUUCCUUUUACAUGACUCUAAACCAACAAAACCCAACUCUAAUGCUGCAUCUGGAAUCCCAGAAGAGAUCCGCCCCUAAGCACUUCACAACCCAAGGCUCAGUUGGUUUUGUUCCAGAGACAGGCUCUCUUGUUUUCUCCCCUCCUUGCCUUAUCCCAUCCCUCCUCUCCUGGGCAGGCUGCCAGGUGUCUUGAAAGGAGCCUGGUUCUGUAUGUAUGUACACAGUACACUCCCAUGUGAAGAGGUGUGUGUGUGUGUGUGUGUGUGUGUGGUGGGUGUGUGAGGGAGAGACUGACUCACUGUGGAGGGGGGGGAGUGUGUGGGUGUGUGUAGAGAGGGGCUCUUCACUCACUCUUGUGUUACUUCUCCUGGGGUACAUUUUACAAGAAAAUAAUAUACUGUACACAUUUUGUUUACUUGGAGAAGAAACUGAAGCUUUUUUGUUGCCUUAUCUAGCUCUCUCUGGCUGGGUUUUUGUUGGCUGUCAUUGUCAUCUCCAGGUACCUAGAAAAAGAGAGGCCACGUGGAAUACAAUGUGGCUGCACCCAUCCUCAUCCCCAUCCCCAACCCACCUGACCCAAGAGGAUGGUUCCUCCAGGGCACUCAGACAUGACCCCUUGUGUUAUGUCUCCCGGUGUCUUUGAAGUCACAAGAUAACAGCCAUUGGGUUCAUGGAGCCAUCCUUACUUCCAGCCCUGAAGCAAAUGUGUCUCAUGUUGCCUUAUAAAAGAAAAAAAAAAGAAGAGGAAGAAGAAGAAGAAAAGUUCAUAAUGAAUGUUUAGCUCUGAUGGUCCAAUCAUGGAAUAAGUCAUAAAGACUAACACACCUGGGAUGAUGUCAGUGCAGUAGUUUGUUUAAAUUGAGAGCAGGAGGGGGAAGACAGAAGAGAGGAGAUGGAGGGACUCAUGUUGUCUUUGGAAAGUCUCCUCACCCCAGGGCAUCAUCGCAUUAAGCCUAAUGUGGGAUGGGGUUGAGGAAAAAGGUAUUCUUUGGUAUUAUUUUGGUCAUUGUAAUAGCGUUUGUAAAAUGUGAGGGAGAGGGGGUUAUUUGCUUUCUUUUCAUGGUGUUAAUGUGUGCCUGAAUCUUUAGCUACUGAAGUAUAAGGCUGUCCACCUGACUUAUUCAGAUGUUACAAGAAAACAGAAAGGAAUCAUUUGCUGAAAUGUACCGGUGUGCUGCCCCCCUUAAAGCAUUCAUGGCAUCUAACCUGAUGGGCUGGCCUGCCAUCUGCAGAUGCCACGGCUUGGGCAAAGAGAAGGUGCGUCAUAGAGGCACACCCAUCGAUGCCCACUCUUCUCCCUAAACAAUGCACAGGGAGGGAUGCUAGUGAGCGGCUGCCCAAGGAUUCUGUGCAAAGAAAAGAUUAAAUGACAAAGUCAAUUUCAUUGCAAGAAAGUGUAUAUUUGAAGAUUUGGGGUAUACUAGGGCUCAGUCUUGGAGGGCGUUUGUUUUCUACUUUCCACCGAAAAAGCCUCUUGGGAAGUGUACAGUUCUCUCAGGAUGGUUUACUGGUCAGAUACAUCUCCAGACACCUUCUAAGAACAAAAUACUAAUGAUUCUUUUUUUUUUUAAUUGCUUGGGAGAGAGCCGCUCAGCACUCUUUCAGAGUAGCCAGAUAGGUCCCCCUAGCUCGCUCUCAGCCUUCGCGCCUGGUUCCUUUCAUCCUCCUGAAAGGACGUGGUCUCCCACUCUUAACUCUGUUUCAAAGAGCUGCUCUGUCUCAACGACAGCAGCUCCGCCAAGAAAAGAAAAGAUGAAAGGCUAGAGUGUGGCUACUUUGAGCUGUCCUACCUCAACGGAAGAUGGAGAAGGAAGCGUGAGCAGGAGGUAGGCAGCAGCCCUGGGUGGGAGAGAGCCAUGCCAGUCACCAAGGGCUUUUAAAAAAAAAAAAAAUCAGGAUUGUUCCCUUCUGGCUGAGCACUUAGGGCCAGGCAUUCCUUGCAAAUGAUUGACAUUCCUACAGGUGCCCUGUCGAGGCAUCAGAAAACCACAGCUAGAAAAAUCCAUCUGGUGUAGCCAAAGCAAGAUGGCAGGCACUUUGUGAGCUUGCUCUGUGCUCCUCCGAUGCCCUUUGCAGGCAGCAUCAUCUUCAUGUACAUGUCACAGAUGAGAAGAUGGUGAAUCCCAUGAUAUCCUUUGGCUAUGAUUCAUGCUUAAGUGCUCUCUCUCUCUCUCUCUCUCUCUCUCUCUCUCUCUCUCUCUCUCUCUCUCUCUCUCUCUCUCUCCUUCCUGCUCCCCCACUCCAGGAUCUUUCAUAGUAUUUCCUAAAAAGGGUAGCUGAUGUGUAAAAAAAAUGCCACACCUUGCUGCUUUAAAAAGCAAAAUUCCAUAUCCAGUUAGGGAGGAAAGCGUCACUCUUGUCCAAGGAAACUGGACUGGACAGAUGAAUACACGCAUGCUGGAGUGUAGCGUUGCUUCCCAGAAGACAACGCGGUGAUCCUAACUGCUAAAACAUGAAAGGGUGCAUGAGUGAGGUGAAGGGCCAGCUGGGGCUGGAAAGCGUUUGCCUUACUAGAGGUCUCACAAGAACCCUUCCUUGAGAGGAUGCUAGCAGCUGCCCUCACCUAUUGCUGGCACACGCAGGAAAAAAACAAAAACAAAAACAAAUGUAGCAUUGCCAUUGACAAAACGGGACGCCGAAAACAAACGCAUCCUUUCUCUUGUCCCACUCUUUCUGAUUAGAACCAGAACGGGCGAUCCAGUCAUAUUUUUGAGGUCGAUACCCCCAUCUUUUAAAAGACCCCAUCUUUAAAAUAAAACUUAGCAGGCAAGCAAACACCUAAAAGGUCAAAAAUUACCAAAGAACAACAAAACAAGAAAAACCUAAAGAUUUUUAACUUCCUGUUCUUAUCCCCUCUCCCUGUAACUGUGACACCCCUUGCCUCGCUCAGCUGCCUGUGUGUCAAAAUAACUUGUGGAUGUUGAAAACUAUUUGAAAAUGUAUUGUGUGGAAUGUAAUAAAAUGAUGAUAUUUUUAUACAAACAUCUGGGUUUUUUUUUUCAGCACCACCCCCGCCCCCACCCCGCCCUUUGCUUGUGAGAACAAAGUUGAAGUGUAAGCUUUGAAAAAAAUUUGAUGUCUCCAAAGUUUCCACAUCACCUUCUGAACUCUGGGGCAUCGGUGUGGGAGAGAGGGAUGUCCUCCUCUUGAAGCUGAACGCCGGCCUUCCUUUCUGUUUCUUUUCAUCACUGCUUGCUAGGAGUUUUAUCCAAUUGAUGCAGCUGAGCCAACUUUUAUGAUUGGUGUGGGAUUUUGUGAAAUUUGCUAAGUGCUAAAUUGCUGAAUGUGAUGCCACAAAAUUUCUCUUGAUGGCAAAUCCAGGGAGACUGGAAUCUCCUUUCAAACUGCCCCAGGGGGAGUGGGUACAGCUCUUGUGCCUGCUGGACUCAGCUCCACAGAGACACAGCCCUUCCUCUGGAAAAGAAACGACGACCUCUGGUCCCACACCUACCAAAUGAUUACUUCCUGGGGGACACUGAUCUCCAAUUUAUGAAUGAUUUCCCUGGAGCAAAGGGAACAGGGAAAUCUUCUAGCGUGUUCGGGGCUCAGAGAUGGUCAGGAUUUCAAUUUUGGACAGCUAAUAAAGAUUACAGGAUGGAUGUUGUGAACCUAGAGCUAUCAGAAUGGGCAUUUAUUAAAGGAACAUUCUGUAAAAGCUUUGAGCUGAUGGAGACCCACUUGAGAGUCUGAUCUUCUUCAACAAGUUUUUUGGUUCUGUCUGGUUUGGUGGUUUGGUUUGGUUUGGUCUGGUCCAUCUCUGUAAAUAGUUAGUGAUAUAGUUGUGGUAGAUAAUCUGAAUCUAAAGGAGAUUCCAGAGGGAAAAAUACAUAGGAAAGGUAACUUCCUAGUAGCUUUGAAUCUCUCAACAGGAGGGGAGAAUUGGUCACAAGAGGAUUUAUGUUGCUUCUGGUGUACUCAGUCACCCCAGGAUCCUUUCUAAGAGGCUGAAUGAUCAUCCUAGAUGGUCUUGCAAAGAGAGACCUGCCCUGAGGACCCCUUUUCUGCCAGGGUCCUGAUUUUUCCUAGGUCCUAUCGAAACCUAGACCCGUGAUUCAGCACAUCUCAGACCUGUCUUAACCCUGUAAAAGGAAGCCUGGCUUUUCAGAUCUCACAGGAAACUGUUAGUACAGAUGGCUCAGGGUAGAUGUCAUUAUCUAUCCUCUGCAGGAGCGUAGAAUUCAGUGUCCAUGAUUAGAGCAUUGCCUGGUUUUCCCGUGCCAAGCACAAUUACCCAUUUUGUCUAAGUAACAUUUGGCUGGCCUAAAACUGUUUGUUCCCGUUAACAAAAGGCAAAAUGGAAGCAUCUCCAUGUGUUUACUUCCACCAAAGACCCAGACUCUGUCUACAUUUGCCUGCGAUGACCUGGGACCACACAUGCCAGACUGAAUUGAAUCAGUCAGAGCUUUGUUGGCAUUGCUAACAGUUUUGGAGCCACUUUGGGGAAGUAUUCUGCCUUGCCUCUGGGGCCAAGACUUAUUUUGGGGGUACUCUUUCUCCCCAAGAGGGUAACAGCUGCCAGGAGUCAAUUUUACACGUUCUUCACAUCACUUUCACCCAUAAACAUUCCUGCAUGUAUUUCAGACUUAGCCCAAGUGUAAAUGUUGCAGAAAUUAUGUUUCUGUGAGUCAUAGAUUGCAGAUGUCAAAGCCCGGUGUGUGCACCCUGUGUUAGCUCCCACCUGGGCCUUCACUAUGACUUAAAUGUGCGUUCUUGCUUCGACACUGCCCUCCUAGCCCAGACCACCAAAGCCCAGCCAAGCGAGUGUGGCAUGGGGUUAGUUUACCCCACCACUCCUCACUGACUGUGGGCUUGUGCUGCACAAACACUGUGGCCUUCUGUAAUCGGUGAUGAAAGGAGGGUUCAUCUUGAAGUUUUGAUGUGUUUGCGUUGUGGCCGCACAUCUGAGGCAAUCUGCAGACGGAUAGGUGUGGGCUUGGUUUUGUUGCUGUUAUUGUUUCUCUCUGUAAUUGUGCAGAGCAUGGGGGCUCUCGCAGCUGUAAUUUGCCUUUCAUCCACCUUAGUGAUGGCCCAGAGAAAACACAAAAUGAAUCCAGCCAGAGAAAGGGGAAGGGAGAGGAGGAAGCCCGCUGAUUAUCUUAGAUCAGCGGGAGGGGGGGAAAUUGUCCUAAACAAAGAAGUUAGAAACCAGAAGUGGUGGAGGAUUUAAUUAAGCUUCACCUCGGUCAGGUGCACAGGAGUUUGUGCUGAGGUCAACUGCAACCAGAAAUCUACUCCCCUCGGAGUCAUCGGACCAUAGUCACAGCUGGAGUGUGUUUGCCUUGACCUCUUGGAGUCAUUCUAUAUGGCACCCAUCCUAACUGGAAGGGUACAGGAUUUAGGAACUCUCCACAGAGCAGAACCCUAGUUAGCAAGAUGUGGGUGGGAGGAUCACAAAUCUAGGAGCUUCAGGUGACCAGCAGAAGCCAUUUCUGCCCCAAAUCCUCUGGACAAAAGACCCACAAUCUCUUCCUUCUUGGUAAUGUUAUUGCUCUUGGGACUGCCUGUCAUGACCUUACAGAGCCACAAGAAAUCAUUAUAAAUAGUUAAUCAUAAUCUAAUGUAAAUUCCCAUGGGCAUUGGACUGAGAAAUGAGAAGCAUCUUCAGAUGGGCCCGGAAUAGAAGGCCUGGAGGCUGGGUGUUGGGUGGGAAAACACCUUCCCUUUGGAAUCACACCACUAGGGUGGUUAUUGACACCAAAGUUGAGGGAAUUUUCAGAUGGUAACUGGCAGACUCUUCUCUCUCUCUCUCUCUCUCUCUCUCUCUCUCUCUCUCUCUCUCUCUCUCUCUCUCUCUCUCUUUCUCUCUCUCUCUCUUUCUCUCUUUCUCUCUCCCCCUCUCUCCCUCUCUUCCUCCCUCUCCCUCUCCCCCUCCUUCCUCUCUCCCUCACCCUCUCUCCCUCUUUCUCUCCCUCUCUCUCUCCCUGUCUCUCCCAGUUCCUAAGUGUAUAUGGCUACCUUUCAAGAAGUACAAUAAUACAGAAAAAGCAGUCAUUCACUUUAUUGUUGACCAACCCCAGUCUCCUCCCCAGAAGUGACCACAAAGAUGGUUUGAAGCCACCUCUUUAUACCUUUAGAAGCACACAAGUUCCUGUCAAAUGAUGUAGUUUGUUUUAGCUGGAGUUCCUUUGUUUUCACACCAUACUAUCAUAACGCUUCUUUUGCCUGGAAAACCUGCUUCUUUUCACGUGGCGUCUUGAAGAGCCUUCAGUACCCAUGUCAAGUUUAUUGCCCCACCCACCCCCCAAUGUGGCCAUAUUGUCUUGACAUGCCAUAGUUUAUUAUUCAUCCCCCCCCCAUUUGUGGUUAUUUAGAUUGCAUCUAGUUUUCGUUUGCUGUUUGUUUGGGUUUUGUUUUGUUUUGUUUCUUUGUUUUUAACUGUUAUGAUCGCUGCUACAAUGAAGACGGUGUUUGCCUCUUUUCCUGUUUGCGUUUUAAUAAACAUUGCCAAUAGAUAGGAAAGGUUCAUCUAUGAGGGAACCUGUUUUCAUGUGGGGUAAUUGCAGAACCUAGGAAUACCAUGGAUAUGGAUCCCCUCCCAUAUUUUCAUGGAACACCUAAUCUCUGUGACUCUCUCUAAAGUAGGCACAGUCCUUGCUACAGAAGACUUUGGGCAGUUUUAGGAAAUUCAAAACUCGGGGCAUACUUCUCUAGAACUUUAAAAUAUUUUUUAACCACCAGGUUGUGGAGAAUACGGUCCUGUCUGAAAGUGGCAGCUGUAGCCCAGGUUGAUUCUGUCCCUGGGUUCAGCAAGGAGUCCUGUUGUCCAUGAUUAAUGAGUUCUGCUUGGUUUCUACAAAGAGCAACUGUGCUGUGCCUUGUUGUAAUUUAUUUAUGUUUUCUACUAAAAAAUUCAUGUAAAAAUAUCCUUUAAGGUCACUGCACAGCAUUGUACUGCAGACCAAAUGAUUCCAGCAACUUCAGGUAGACCCACAUGCCAAGAGGAAGUCUCAAAUCCUAGGGGGUCCCCACGGAGGGGAAGGCCCUGAGAGGAACAGAGCUUGUGGGCUGAGAGGAGGCACUGAUCUUUCUUCCAAGGAGGCUCAGGGCUUUGGCAAUAAAGGAAAGACAUUGGCAGCGGGGUUGUUCUCUGGUGGGAUGUCUCAAAAUGUAGGCAAAUCUGUUUAUCCCACAAAGCUCAAGCAAGGAACAGCAGCAGCAGGAAGAGACGCCAACAGACCUGAGUCUGAAACACUAUUUCUAACAAGAGCACUGCCUUGAGUUCUAUUGUAUAUGAGACAAGAGAGUCAUAGCAUUAUCACAUUAGCUCAGAGCAUAGGGAAGGGUGUGUAGGGCCAUGUAUGUCCGUGUGGGCUUUUUCUUCUCUGAAAAAGAUCUAGCGUCCCUUCCUCAUGGAUGUUUGACCCAGUCACAUGACUCAGGAAAUAAAGAAGACCCAGUAUGAGGCCUGGUCGGCUCCAGAUGCCACGAUGCCAAGCCCUAAACACAGUAUCCCCACUGGUCUUCUCUGUGGAGUGGUACACACUUGAUCACUACCCAAAACAAAGACUCCCAUCCAGAUAUGAAUACACCUCUGUAACUUGUGGAGUGCUGCCAGCUCCAAUGAUGAUAGGAGUGUGCAAAGCACUUUGAGAUGGAUGUGUCCCUGACCAAAAUUCUAUUCGCUGAGGGUCUGCUAGAUAUUGAAACACAUUUUAGCACCAAGGACCUUUUGUCUUUUGUAGUUCCUUACACUAACACAGGCCAGUAGAGGAGCAUGAUGAUUUGGAGAGGCCGUUGUGCACCUCUCAAUUGUUUCUCUAGGAAUAUCUCAACAUAUGGAAUUGAGAACCAGAAGAUAAUCUUUGGGACCUAGACCAAAGCUACCAUGGACAGGUCCAAAGAGCUCAGAGGGGGCACCUUAGCCCAAGCCAACUACAGACCGAAAGUAUGACCCAACCAAUAAUGUUCAUGGGAAGCGUUGGGCCUAUCACCAUUUCCAUGGUCUGAAAUUCCAGAUAAGGCCACAGUGCCCAUCUCUCUCCCCCAUAGAGGACCAGAUCUUCACUCCUUCUUAUGCCAGGUACAGUUCAGCCUCCACCCUUCCCCUGCCUUGGUGGUUCCUCUUCUGGUGUCUUUACAUCUCUUUACCCUCCUUCUUCCAAGACCUUCUCUCAGAAAAAUCAUAGGCAAGAGUCCUUCACUGAAGGGCUUAAUUGAUAUUUCCUCCAAAGAGGAAGUUCUUGUGAGAAGACAAAUUUAAAGCCAACAGAAUCUUUCUGUUGAGAUGAUAGUCCUCAACUGCCAGCAAGAAGCUGGAGAAAUGUAUCUUGUGAAUGGAUUGAGAAUGAUACUUUUUUGGCCUCUGUAAAAUUAUAUUAUUAGUAUUCAUUCUUACUUAUAAGAACGUAUACGCAAAGGCCAGCUCAUAAGUAUAGUGAAUUUUCUUGGUGACAUUUGUGGGAACAAAGUGGUGGCAUUUGUUAGCCUUCUAGAAAAAUGAUCACUUUCAUACUAGAAGUUGGUAUCAGUUUUGAUUCAAUUCUGUCUCCCUUCUUGACCAAGGUUGUGCCAAACCUCCCUUCUGAGUGAUGUUUCUUGUAUGGUCACUUUUAUGGUUUGGGUAAUAAAAUGUCCCUCCAAAGGCUCAUGUGUUGAAGGCUUAAUCUGGAGUUGAUAGACAGAUAAUUGUGUCAUUAGGCUACUGACUUGAUCAGUGGGUUAAGACAUGGAUAGGUAAAUACGGGACAGGCUAGUGGAAUGUGGGAUGUGGUUGGAGAAAGUGGAUCCCUGGUGGUGUGCCUCUGAAGGGUGUACCUUGUCCUUUGCUGCUGUCUCUCUGUCUCUGUCUCUCUGUCUCUCUCUCUGUCUCUAUCUCUCUCUCUCUCUCUCUCUCUCUGCUUCCCAAUGGCUACCAGGAGGUGAACAGCUUUGCUCUGCCCUUCCCUUCUUACCAUGUUCUGCCUCCUUGAGAGCCCACAGUGACUGCUGAAACCGUAAGGCAAAGCAAACAGCACCCCCGCCCCCGUUUGUUCCACUCAGGCAUUUGGUCCCUGUGAUGACAAACUGAUUGACACAGAUCACUUGAUUACUGGGACUUGGGGACGUCAGAAAUGUCAAAAGUCCCACGAGGAAAAGGAAAAUCUCUGGCAUAUAAAUUUAGACAAAUUCUUUUCCUUCGCAUCUCUAGGAAUGCGGGGAGAGAGGUACAGCACUUUCCCCCUGAGAGUCUCUGUGUCUUCCUUAAUAGAAACUAGCCAACAAAAAAGGACAGAGAGCCGAUGGCUUGUUGACAUACCUACUUUGGGGGAUGGAGAGUAUCUGGUUUUUCAAAGACUUAGUUGGUUUAAAAAAAAAAAAAAAGAUUCCAGAAUUUUCUCCCCUGUCUUGUAAGCCCAUCUAUAUUAUAGUUAAGCAUUUCCCUGACUGCAUUUUUCUUUUCAUGCCAUUGUUGAGGCUCGGUGGAGACUUCCUGGCCCCAGCUGCUCAUCUGCCUCCAUGCUUGAAUGUAUUAUUAUUAGGUCACUUCACGGCCUUCUUGUUUGCAGUUCAUAUUUCCAAAUCUUUUUAGGGUUUCUUCCCAGUUUUUAACUAAAAAUAAUGGAAAAUAAUGACUGCAUGCGCAACUUCCCCAGUAAUCUCAGAGCACCCCCUUUGUCUUUUCCUAAUGAAAACCACACGGAAGAAUUCCAAAAACUGUUUUUUUCCGUGACCCUCCAUACAUUUGACUGUGCCCUGAAAGAUAGAAAUCCAUGCUAAAGGAUCUUCUGGGGGGCGGGGUGCUUCUAAACUCAGGCCAAACCCAGCAAGAAAUGAACAACUCUCAAGUAGCCCGAGUUUCUAAUGCAGAUUUGGCAAAGUCUAUAUCAACAUCUGAACUUCUGGCUCCUCACAGCAACUGGGGAUGAACGAACUGAAUUAGGGAAAUUAAGUGUGGUGGGGAGGGAGAGUCCUCAGCCAAUACUAAAUGCUAAACCAAAUUAAACAUUUUGAAGUGCCAAGAAAUAUCUCCUUAGCCCUCCAUUAUUUCUGGUUUAUUGAGAUCUCAGUGUUAUGUUUCCUGCUGGGAAAAAAAAUAAUAAAACAGAAUGGCUGGGAGAAUUUUCUAAAGGCGACUUCCACCUGAAUGACCCAUUGAUUUAGCUGGCGUGGGGGCUUCAGGAACUUGGACUCAAAUCCAACAAUGGCUCUAAGCAGCCAAGAGCGAAUCCCAAAUAACUCAGAGGCUGCAAACAAGGUGUUGAAAAUCUGUAGCUUGCUUUGGGUCUCGCGCUGAUUUUUUCCAGUGGCUUCCUGCAUUCUCCUACCUUCCUCUGUCCGCUUCAUCUCUACCAGAGAGGUGUUGACACUUGGUACCUGCAGAAACGACAGCAUUCAGAGGUCCCCUGUAAGAGGCUCUUGAAUUCUUUCAAAGGUGGUUGAAUGUUAGUGGUUUCAAUAGGACUCAAGUCUAUCUUUCUGUAAGAUGCUAUUGGCCCAGCUCCAGUUAAAGCUUGAGAUGAGGGCCACGUGGUACCCAUUUUAUCACCUCCUGAGUUCACAGCACUAGUUCCUAGGUCAAACAAGCACGUGUUGAAAAUGUGGAACUUUGUGACUCCCAAUGCUCUGUGCUUUUCAUGUUCUUCUCAAUGACUUCAGAGAGGACGGGGUUAGGGUAAGGGAUGGUCAGUGGGUAUUACGGGAUGGCAGGGCUCUUGUGUUUAAAAGUCUCCUUGUGUAUGUCAACCCUCAUCAGGAAAACAGAUGAUGGGGUCUGGAGAAAUAGCUCAGCUGUUAAGAGUGUGUACUAUUCUUGUAGAUGACCGGCUCACAACCACCUGUAACUCCAGCUCCAGAAUAUCCAACACCUUCUUCUGGCUUCCAUGGGUGCUCACACACAUGUGACAUGCGCACUCACACAAACACAUGUUAAAACAAAACAAAAAAAUUUUUAAGGAAAACUAAACGCUAAUGAUGGCAUUCUGGAGCAGAGGAGCCCAGAGUGGACUCGGGGAGGUCAAGAUAGACAGGGGCUCUGCCGUCUAGGACCAAACUGAGAAAUGGACGUGUAUGCUCCUGGGCCUGUGUUCUCCUCUAUGUCCCAUGCUGCCUCUGUUCAGGGGCAGAGCAAUGCUAUGCCAAGUGUUCCUCUGAGUGUCUUUGCCCCUCGCUCUGGGUGGCAAGCCUGGUCCCUCAAGCCCCUGCUCAGAGUUGUCAUGGAAGGGCCUCGUUGAAGAAAAAUCAAUGCGCGACAGUGUUCCGAAAUGAUCGCAUGCAAGUGACCCGGGGAGGGAGUGUCUUAAAUUAUUUAUCCAAAAGCAGCCAGUGGUUUGAAGCAGACUGCCCAUUCCCCGGGCAAUCUUGUGAAGUUCCUUUUACGAUGCAGGAAGUACACGCCACCCUGUCACAGCCGAGACACUCACGGUAGACCACAGCAUACCAAGUGGUGGAAGUGAGGGCUGAGAAUUUCCAGAUAGAAACUGCAGAAAGGCGAACUAAGGCAGAAAGGAGUGAUAACCGCAAAGAAUCGUAAUGGAGGGGGGGAGGGGCGGGGAUCGGAAGGAAGGAAGAGCAAGAAUUCUUGCCGGAUAGCUACAUCAAGGUUGCCGGGGGUUUCCCAGCUGCAGGUUGGAGUGUCGAGGGGUGUUUCCCCUGACUAGCCUGUGUGGUCUGACAGUACCAGGCAGCAUUCCAGGCCCCUUAGGGGAGAAACUUCUCAUUAGAGGAGGCUCUUUGUGAGUGGGCGUGGCUGCUCACCAUUUGUGUCAUAGUGUUACCAUCUGCUAUGCAAUCAAGCAUAGUGUUGCCAUACUUGACUCUUCUAGGGUGAGGGAGUUCCUGGAGCAGUCCAGAGAGGUUUUAGUAACUAGCUACUGUGUCUCUCGUUCUGAAAACACAGCACAGCAGGAGAUAGGCAAGAACUUGAGC